UGAUCGAAAGCGGUGUAGUCACAAUGGUGGUUGUGAUCCACGUAGACGACAUCUUCUCUAUCGGACUCAAGAGCGGGUGCGAUCAGUUUGGUGUUGACCUCAACCGGUAUGUGCCCAUUUCCAACCUUGGGGAACUCCGAUGGUAUGCGGGUUGCCGGUUUUCUCGUGACACGGUGUUAGGGACGGUGACUAUUUCGCAACAGGCUGUAGCGGAGAAGAUCGUUGCCAAGUUCGGUGUGACGACGGACAAAGAGACACCUAUGGUCGUUGGGUUGAAGCUUGAGCAGUACGACGCCGACGAGCCCGAUGUCGACGAGCCUUUCCGGUCGCUAGUGGGACACUUGAUGUGGCUGGCGAAUCAGACUCGCCCGGAUAUUCUCAACGCGGUACGUGCCGUUGCGAGGUAUUCGCACGCGCCGAAGCGACUCCACUGGGAGGCGGCUUUGCAUGUUUUGAUGUAUGUUAGAUUCACGAGAGGGAACGGGAUUACUUUUCAGAGGGGCACGGAGGGAGGAGACCACAUGGAACUUUUUGUCGAUUCGGACUUCGCCAACAAGGCAACCGACCGGCGGUCUGUUUCUGGGGCACUAGUGAUGUUCGCUGGUGCGUGUGUGAUGUAUCUGUGUAGGACGCAGAAGAGCGUCACCCUGUCUUCGACGGAAGCGGAGACGCAGAAGAGCGUCACCCUGUCUUCGACGGAAGCGGAGUACGUGGCGAUGUCUGAUGGGAUGAAGGAGGCUAUUUUUCUGCGGUAUCUGUGGAAGUUUAUCUUUCCGGGCCGUGAUGUGGGGUGCACGCCGGUGUGGGAGGACAACGUAGGCGCUAUUCACUUGGCAAGUAACCCGGCUACUACUCCCAACUCGAAGCACAUCGACAUCCGCCACCAUUUCAUCCAUGAGCGUGUAGCACGGGGGGGUUCAAGGUAGUCCACGUACGGUCGGACCUGCAACGCGCGGAUUUCUUGACCAAACCGCUCCCCAAGGAGACUUUUUGCGCGCAUCGUGACUUCGUGAUGAAUAUUCGUUGAUUUUGUUCUUGGUGUUGCACUAUUUCAGCGAUGGGGCCUUUCUUGCACCAUGUGUUUUAUUUGUGACCUGGUACUGGCCUUUGAUCUGCUGCUCGAUGUUGAUUUCUGCUUUCGCGAUGGAUGGGAUAGUUCUGCGUGAGAAUCAUGGGCGGGGAAGUAUUGUUCCAUAAUCCUAGUCGCAGGUGGUUUGUCUUAGUUUUGAUUUUUUCGGGAUGAAUGAUGCAG